AUGGCAGCAAUGCCAUGCCCUGGGCCCGGAAUCGAGGGAGAGGCCUAUUUAAUCUUGGAAAAAUGUGUACCUACAUGUACUCUAGGGAAUUUUUUGUGUGAAGGACGUUUCUUUCGAGAGGGUAACUUUAGAUCUACAAGAGCGACACAUAUCGCCCCCCGCGACAUCUCGAACACCUCUCCACCCCUGCAAAACUCUCCACUCCCUAGUUGCAUAAAUAUGUCGACAAUUUCCAGGACUUUGAGGUACCUUAAGCGGAUAGGUUUUAAGCAGUAUGCUUACCAGAUGAAUCGCAUUGGUGACACCAAGUACGGUGCUCUUGUUGGUACCGAUAAAUACGGCAAUAAGUAUUAUGAGAACAACACCGAGGAGCUUCCCUUGAGAACCAAGUGGGUUGACUACAAAGAAUGGAAGGAAUACGAUGCGUCCAUGGUUGAGCCCGGCUGGCACGGAUGGCUCGCAUAUAUGUUCGACAAGCCUCCCACCUCCGAACCGAUUAUGAAACAUGAUGUUAGGCCCUGGGAACCUAAGGAGCAUAUUCCGAACCAGACAUUCAGCCGUGCUGCUUACAAGCCAUACUCUACGACCAAACCGAAAAUUUCUUGGUACUGGGGAUAUAUUGAAUUUCAUAUUAUGCUUGAACUGUUAUGA